AAGCCUUCCAGAGCUUCUCAAGCUAAGGAAGUCAGGGACAAAGCAUAGUUUAGUGUACUCAAGACUAAACAUUAGGUCCCAUUGGUAUAAAAAGUGAGAGGCUAUGCCACACCCAUAUUAAAGACUUCAAUGGCAUGAGAGCCACACCGCACCCAGAGGACUUUAUCCGAGCACGUCUGUCAGAUACACGCAGUGUAACGUUAGUGGAGUCCAGAGAAAUUCGACACACACACAGCAGGAUGUAUGAACGCGCGCUGUUCCCUCUCUGCCUGCUUACUUUGGUGCUGAUUCAGAGCGCUGCGUCUUGUGAGUUGAGGCCUGUGCUUGUUCAGGUUCCUAAGAGGCUGCCCGCCGGUUAUGUCAUCUCCGAAAGCAAGGAAGAAUUGAGUCUCAAAGGCUGUGCGGCCAAACCUGUGGCCUUUACUUCCAGUGACCCUGACUUCACUGUGAACACAGAUGGAACCAUUAUCACAGUUCAUGGUUUGGAGAUUACAACAAAGCGUUUUUCUGUACUGGUGCAGGAUGAGAAUGGAAUGGAUUGGAGGGUGGACAUAAUCCUGUCCUGUAAAGAUGAGGCAUCUCAGAAGUCUAGCAGUGCGGCUCGCAAGCGCAUUAAGAGAAGAUGGAGACCGUUGCCCUUCUCUUUAAUUGAGAAUGACAGGCCUCCAUUCCCAAAGGAAGUGGAGAUGAUUGCAUCUGAUUCUUCAGCAACUUACUCAGUGUAUUAUGAAAUCAGUGGGCAGGGUGUUACUUUAGAUCCUGUGGGCCUAUUCACUCUAAACAAGCAAACUGGCAUGAUAAGUGUGACCAGGGCCGUCGACCGUGAGCAGUACCCACAAUUCAAUUUUACCGCUCGUGUGUUUGACUUAAAUGGCAAAGAAAGGGAUGAAUCUCUGCCUAUCACUGUGAAUGUGGAUGAUGUAAAUGAUAACGCCCCUGAAUUCAUUGGAAGUCGAUUCUUCACUGUAGAAGAACGGUGCAGGGCAGGUACUAGAAUAGGAAAAGUGAAUGCCACAGAUAAAGAUCAGCCAAAUACCUCCCACACCUUGAUCAAGUUUACUCUGCUAAACUCUACUAACAUGUUCUCCAUUGAUCCUUCUACCGGAGAAAUAACUGCUAAAACCAACACCUUAGACAGAGAGGCUCAGGACAAAGUCUACGUUGAAAUAGAGAUCAGCGAUAUGGGCGGUGCUCCUAAUGGGCUCUUCAGCAGAGGAACAUUUGUGAUUACUCUCACAGACGUUAAUGAUAACCCUCCUACCUUUAAAGAGAAGUUGUACAAGGCCAAGGUUCAAGAGAACCAAGAAAAUGUGCUAGUUACUAGGAUACCAGUGGAAGAUAAGGACUUAGUAAACACCCCCAACUGGAAGGCCCUGUUUGAGGUCACAAAAGGAAACGAGAGUGGGAACUUCAGGAUGGAGACAGACCCCAAAACCAACGAGGGGCUUCUGUAUGUGAUAAAGGGAUUGGAUUUUGAAAAAACUCCACUGGUGAAGCUGGAAAUAACUGCCCGUAAUGAGGUUCCACUGGUUGGGACUGACACUAAAUGGCUCACUGUGCCACUCGAGCUCAGUGUGGGAGAUGAAGAUGAAGGACCAGAGUUCAACCCUAGCAUUCUAUAUCUCAAAGUCAAGGAGAAUGUCCCCAAUGGAACCGUCAUUGGAACCUAUAAAGCUCUGGAUCCAGAAAAUAAGAAUAGUGAUGGAAUAAAGUACUAUAAGAUGACUGACCCAGGCAACUGGAUCACUGUGGUGGAGAACACUGGAGAGUUGAAAACAGCCAAUACUAUAGAUCGAGAAUCACCUUUGGUCCACAAGGAUAUGUACAACAUAACCAUCAGAGCUGUGGAUGAGAGUAAGAAGACAGGAAAAGGGAUGGUUAUAAUCCAGAUCGAAGACGUGAAUGAUAACAUACCUGUGAUUCCGGGCAAAGACCUGAUCAUGUGUAGUAAGGGCGAUACCCUGGGCUCUGUUCUGGUUGAAGCCGUGGACAUGGACAAGCCACCUUACUCUACUCCCUUCCUUUUCGAAUUUGGAGCAGAUCAUGAUGGGAAGUGGAAACUGAAGGAUGCUACAGAUUCCUCUGUGGUGCUGGAACAGGCUGUGGCCAUGCCCAACGGUCUCUACAGUGUUCCUCUCUUGGUGAAGGAUCUGCAGGGAUUCGGGAAAGAGCAGACAGUGAAUGUGCGAUUGUGCACUUGUGAGAGGGAGGACAAUGGAGGAAUAUGUGGGGCUCGGAGCGCCUCUUCCUCUUUGGGCAGUUUGGGAAUCCUUGCCUUAGUUCUCUCUGGCCUGCUGCUGCUACUUUUAAGUCUGUUGCUCAUCUUCAUAUGCAGCACUAAGAGAGAAAAGCUUUACAUCAGUGAUGACACAGGAACAGGUGGAAUGCUGCUGAAAUCCAACACUGAGGCUCCUGGUGAAGAAGUGAAAGAUGGAGCUUUGAUGUUGAUUCCUGGGGCAGAGGUAGUGGACGGGUCACAACAGAGCGGCCUCAUGGAAAGUAAGAACAUGACUUCAGCUUCAGGGCGCUACGGGCAGUCCUUUUUCCAGGGAGGAGGCGUGUACAACACCACCACUCAAGAGUUUGGGACAGAGAAGUUCUACUCAUCUGGACGCUAUGAUAACAACAUGUACGGCAACGCCACGAUACAGAAACUCUCCAAUACAAAUACUCUGGACACAUGGAAAACCAACGGGCGCUACUUGGACAGAAAACUGGCUUACUUGGGAGACGAGGAGGAAGGGCGGUACGCGGAUGACCUGCUGAAGACUUAUGGGCAUGAGGGGAUGGGAUCUCCUGCAGGCUCUGUAGGAUGUUGUAGCCUCGUGGCCGAACAGGAAUCACUGGAAUUUUUGAACACUCUCGGCCCCAAAUUCAGACCACUGGCUGACGUCUGCUACACCACGAAUCGAACCGGAAACUAAAAUGAGACUGAGAUCAGAGAGUACUGAAUGCUGUUUGCCAGGUGCCUUCAAAGCACACUGCAGAAAAUCAUGUUCUUAAUCAGUAUUCUUGCAUCGUUUUCUAGUAAAAAUAUCCAAAUGUCCUUUAAAUUAUGCAAGACCAUUUACUGAAUGUUAAGUCUAUUUUUUGGUUGUUUAAAUUGAUUUUUCUUGUUUAAAUGUAAAUCUCACCAAAUAUUAUUAGAUUUAUGCUCGAAACUAAAAUUCAUGUUAAACAAUAACCUUAACUCCAUGAUAUAUAUUCUCUAAAAUGAGUCUUAGUAUCUCAGUUUUGCUUCUUAAGUAAAUUUACCAAGUUUUGAGGAUAUUUAGUUAUUUUUACUGGAAAACGAGACAAAAAUGCUGAUUUAGAAAACUAUUUUUAAAGUACAUGCCUUUCUGUUAACUUUUGUAAGUUGAGUUUUUAAGUGUGUGAAUGAUGCAAAUAAGCUUUUCUGUAAUUGUUUUGCUUUACUUUGCAAACCUCUUCCUCGCAGAGCUGAGGAAGGACAGUUUUAAUAUAAGUAUACAGAAGAGACAUUAUUUUCUCCCUGAUCGAUUGCAGUUUUCAGCCGUGUGAAGUAUUAACUGAGUCUAUAUUUACAAGACCAUGAUGAAGUGUGCUCAUAAACAUUUUUGGGGCAGCGUGUGGAAUUCAGAGCGCUCUUCAGCUCCAAAAGCACUUACACACGACAUCAGCUCUGGACACUGAACUCAUCCUUAGGCCAUGAUGUAUUACUGGAGUUUUUGUGUUAUUUUCUUACAACAUUGAACAGUAUAGUUGCUAUAGGGAUUUUUCAUUUCAUUGAAAAUAAACCAAAUAUUUUGUAUGUAAGUAACUUUAUGCUUUAAAUGAAGAUAGAGGUGAAAGGUGAAAGAACAGGUAAAUUUGGGAAAAACUACAUUUUUUUAUCUCUUUGAUAUUAGUUUUGUUCUAACAGCACAUUUUAAGAUUUUUUUUUUUUUUUGUAUUUGUGGUAAAUAUUACAAACAUAGCAGAUGUUUAGAGGGUUGUUCUGAUUUUAAACUUAAAGGGAUGCUCUUUGUAAAUAUUUCAAUAAAACUGAUUACAGACCCCA